UGUGUGAUGUGUCACGUCACUUACAUUAAGCCAGAAUAAAAAGCUGUGUACUUACUUCUUUGCACAUAUAAUAUUUUCAAAAUGUCUAAAGUGACUUUCAAGAUUACGCUGACUUCGGAUCCUAAACUUCCCUUUAAAGUAUGCUGAGAAAUUGUGGGUUCUACGUUGAAGUUACAUCGUUCUGGUGAUGGAAACGAUUGUGGUGCAUCAGUUUCUCGACUUUUUCCAAGACUUCAUUAACUUAUGUCUGAAACAUGAUUGGCCGAGUGACACGACAACACCAGAAGAAUUCAGAAAUGCUUUUUUAAUUUCCCAACACAUAGAAAAAUGUUUAGACAAAUUCCACAAACGAUCUCUUAUUGAUGAAUUAUUAUCCGCAAUUAAUAAAAAACAAAAUACAUCAAGCUUGUUUUUAAAAAAAUGUUUUUCUGAUCCACCAAAAUAUAUUUUAAAGAAAAUACUUAAUUCCUCAAUAAAUAUCACCCAAGUUAAUGUAGGGAUCACAAUAUUUCUCGAUCUAUUUUCUGAGCAGAAACUUGAGGAUUAUUUGUCUGAUUUAAUGUUAGAAGCUGCUUCAAAGGAAACCCUGCUAAAAAAUCUCAAAACUGAGAUACCAAAUGAGCUUUUACUGGAGUUUAAAAGUAAAUUUCUUCUCUCAGAACUUAAAGAUACAGAUUAUGCAAAGAAAGUAAUUGGUAACAUUUUAAAUACUUGCACAGAUAAUGAUAUGGAUAUGUUAAUACUGAGCCUAUUAUGUAAGGACUUGAAAUACGCUCAAGGCUUAGAUGUACUUUCUAAAGCAUUUGUAAGUUACAUGACAGUCAGAAGUGUUUCGAGAAAAAGUUUUUGGAAAUUAUUGUUUAGUAUAAACGAGGACAAUUUUUUACAAUUGUGCCUUAAUCAUGGUGAUAUAUUUAAAUUAAUAUCUAAAGUUUUAAUUGACAGUGGUAAGUUGGUUAGAGAAAAUAUGUCAAUGGAUUACUUUUAUAUUGAACUUACUUAUUCCGAGCUGCAGUCAAUAACACAAACUAUAUGUAAAAAUGAAAAUUUAAAAUUAGAUUUUUUAGAUCAAGUCUUGGAAAGCAAUGAAGAUUUCGCAUUUUGGAAUAAUUUUAUGUCUUAAAUUAUGUAAAAUAGUAAUCAAAAUGUAAAUGAUAU